GUGGGCGGGCGGUGUCUGCCUCCCCGGUCCCCUGAGUCACCCAGGGCAGCACCCCACACCCACCCCGCCCCACGGAGCAAGCAGUCCAGGGGCGUGUGACGGGGGAGGGGUGAGUGGAGGGGCACGUGCCCUGCCAGGCCAGUGAGCUGGGUUUGCCGACCGUGGGCCGUCACAGGGGCGCCCGCUGUUCAAUAGCCCUCACCCAGGCUGUGGGGAGGCCUCUGCCCAGACCCUGGGGCCGCUAAAGCUGUGCCCACUGCAGAGUGCCAGGAGCCUCCCCCAGCCCCGAGACCUUGGCAGGCCCCUGUCUGUCCUGCAGAGGCUGAGGGGCUGGGGGCAGGUACACUGCCCUCUGUGCCUCAGUGUCCCCAAGAGCCACGUGGGGAAGACUGGAGGAGAUGAAGUCGGCCAGGCCAGCUCCCAGCCUGGCGGGAGUGAGUGCACGCUGGGCCCAUCCCUGCUGUCGGUGUUGCCAUUUGUAGUUCUGAGCCGGGAGUGGGGAAUGCUGAGGACGGAGAGCAGACACUGGGCCCAGCCCGUUCUCAGAAAGAAAGCAGGCCACACUCUCUGCUCCAGAGUCCUGCACCCACGAGAGCCCGGCGCGGCGGGUGGGCGCCUGCUCCUCCACACCCUCCCUUCCCAGGGAGGCCGGGCAGGGGGAUCCUCGCCAGCUGGGGAGGGGUGGGAGGUGGGCACUCCCAGCAUGGCGUCUCCGUACACAGUGGACAGGCAUUUGCUGAGCCAGUCCUGCUGGGUGUCUAGCCCGUCCAAGGCCCUCAGCUGGACCCAGGGGACGCAGGGUGCUGGGUGGGUGGACGUGGCUGGAGGGUCACGUGGCCUGGUUUUCUGCCGCCUCUCGGGUUGUGACUGUCGCGUGUGGGCUCCUGCAGGUGGUCAGAGAGCAGCAUGUCCGCCCUCACCACAGGGACGCUUGCCCUUGCUACUCUCGCCACGGAGGCCCCUGCACACCUGCAGGUUCCCGUCUCACCCAGUGCCCGCCUAGCUGUUGUCCUAGCAUCCAAGCUGGGGAGACCCCUGCCAGGUGUCAGGGGCAGCUGUGGCUACAGAUGGAGUCAGAACACCCGGAGACCCUGCACUGUGGAGUUCUGCUGCCUUCCAGUGACACCAGUUGGGCAGAGGCCUCCGGGUCUCUGUCCCGAGUGAGUGCCAGCAUUCGCGGCCUCGGUCGGCCGGGUCUGUGCGUGGCCUCUCCCCACCACUGUCCUGCAGGUGCUGGUGUCCCCGCAGCCCUGCCCCUGCUCGGGCUGCACAGGGCUUCACAGCUGUGUCACUCACGCACAGCCAGGGAGGGCCGUGUGUCACUCACGCACAGCCAGGGAGGGCCGUGUGUCACUCACGCACAGCCAGGGAGGGCCGUGUGUUCUGUCGCGCUGUGCUGGAGGCAGCUCACAGGAAGCAGUGGCGUGCUGAAAUGCACACCUGAAAAGAGGGAGAACGCAAGAUGAAAAAGGAAGUGAAGGUAGGGGCCGCCUGCUGGGGACCAGGUGGGCACUGCUCCGGGCUCUGUUGCUGUGGACAUCUCUGGACAGGGCCCAGACUGCCUGUGGAGCUGCUGGCGGAAGCAGGAGCAAGGCCAGACUCGGAGGCUGAGUGUGAACGCUCAGCCACUCCGCGGCUGAGGCCUCGACAUGUUGCCUGCCCUGCCCGUCGCCAGCUGCCGUGAGCUCUGCCAGUCCCAGGGCCGUGGCAGCCGGCAGUGCGGCGCAGUCUGGGUCAGUGCCAUUGCUGGCUCCUCUCUUAACAACAUGGCCCCGUGAGUGUUGUCUCGGCCUGGCUGAGCAGCCUUGGGGGUGGCGCAUCCCUGGCUCACCCCACAGCCGCGAGGAGGAAGCUUAGACUGGUGGGAGUUGGGUGCAUGGGGAGCCAAGGCCCGGCAGACGAGGGCCCAACAAGGAGCCGGCGGACUUGUGAGGCCCUGGAGGGGAGAGGAACCUGCAGACGCAGCCCUGGGUGGCAGGUGCUGUGCCUGGCUGCAGAGAGGGGCUGCUGGCCCGAGGGGGCAGGGCGUCCCAGGCAGAGCCUGGCAUACCUCAUACUUGCCCCACGUUGCCACUGGGGCCACAAAUCUUGCCUGCUUGGAAUGUUUUCAUGUGGCAGGAAAGAGGGUGGUAGUGAGACGUCGUGGUGAACUUCCUGUCGUAGGGAUUGGAGACGCUGGGGGGCAGAUGUGGACUUGGCUCUCCCAGAGCUGCCAGGGCCUGAGGACCCCAGGGCCCCAUCAGCCUUCAGGGGGCAGGAAGCUGGUGCGUGGACGUGGGCCCUGUGGGUGCCACUGAGAACCAGCUGGGCCCUGCGCAUCCUUGGGCAGGUAGUGCAGGCCCAGGAGCCAAUGGCCUCGGGCCCCAGCCAUGUCCCCUUCCAAGAGGGCGGCCCCCCGCGGCUCUGGGGAGCCGUGGAGCGGCCUCUCCCUUCCCCACCCCCCCAGCACGAGCUGCCGCUGCCAUGGUUACAUCUGCUUCCUGUUUGAUUCAUCUCAGCAGAAGGCGGGCGCAGCUCCGGCUCGGCCCCCACUCCGUGGAGCUGUUUACAGCAGCCGCGUGUGGGAUUCCCAGAAAGAGACUCCAAACCGGACGUCCUGCGGCUGCAGAAUACCCAGAUGGGAGCCAAGUGAGCCAGGGCCCACUACUCCAGUGCCCCCCAGCACAGGACAUGCCAGGGGGCUAGGUCUCUACCGGACAAGGCCCGCCUUGCCUUCACUGCAGUCCAUGUCCCCCCGAGGGCCUGCUCAGUGCAAGAUCCCAGCCUGGCGUGCGGCGACCCCACGCGGCAGAGAGCAUGGAAGGCAGGUGUCCUCUGCCCCCGUCGGGGCCGGCCAGAGGCCUACAGGCUGCCCCACGCCCUGCACGGACACGCCCGGUCCUCAGCGGCAGCCCAUGGACCUGCGGGUGGGCCAGCGGCCCCCCGUGGAGCCCCCGCCGGAGCCUACACUGCUGGCCCUGCAGCCGCCCCCCCAGCGCCUGGGCCACCACCUCUUCCUCCCGGGCCUGCAGCAGCAGCGCGAGACAGAGCCCUUGAGGGUGCCGGCGUCACAGGGGCUGCGGCAGGAGCAGGAGCUGCGGCAGCUUCUCAACAAAGACAAGAGCCGGCGCAGUGCCGUGGCCAGCAGUGUGGUGAAGCAGAAGCUGGCAGAAGUGAUCCUGAAGAAGCAGCAGGCGGCGCUGGAGAGGACAGCCCACCCCAACGGCCCCAGCACCGCCUACAGGACGCUGGAGCCCUUGGAGACGGACGGGGCCACCCGCUGCCCACUCGGGCGCUUUCUGCCCCCUGUUCCCAGCCUGCCCAGUGACACCCCUGAGCACUUCCCCCUGCGCAAGACAGUCUCUGAGCCCAACCUGAAGCUGCGCUACAAGCCCAAGAAGUCCCUGGAGCGCAGGAAGAACCCCCUGCUCAGGAAGGAGAGCGCCCCCCCCAGCCUGCGGCGGAGGCCGGCCGAGACCCUGGGAGACUCUUCCCCCAGCAGCAGCAGCACGCCUGCGUCCGGCUGUAGCUCCCCCAACGACAGUGAGCACGGCCCCAAUCCUGUCCUGGGCUCCGAGGCACUCCUGGGCCAGCGCCUGCGGCUGCAGGAGACCUCUCUGGCACCAUUCGCCUUGCCGACCGUGUCCCUGCUGCCCGCCAUCACGCUGGGGCUGCCAGCCCCUGCCAGGGCCGACAGCGACCGCAGAGCCCAUCCGGCUCUGGGCCCUCGGGGGCCUGUCCUGGGGAGCCCCCACGCUCCCCUCUACCUGCCCCAGGGCCUGGAGCCUGAGGCUGGGAGCACCCUGCCCUCUGGCCUGCAGCCGGUUCUCCUCCUGGACCCCUCGGCGUCUCGCGGCCCCCUGCUGACAGUGCCCGGCCUUGGGCCCCUGCCCUUCCAGUUUGCUCAGUCCUUGAUGACCCCCGAGCGGCUCUCUGGGUCAGGCCUCCAUUGGCCGCUGAGCUGGACCCGCUCAGAGCCCCUGCAGCCACACCUGGAGCAGCUCAGACCUCACCUGCAGCUGGCUGAGAGGCCAGCCAAGCCCAGCGAGAAGCCCCGGCUCCGGCAGAUGCCCUCAGCCGAGAGCCCCGGGACAGAAAGCGGUGGGGUGCGGCAGGGAGUGGACAAUGGCCUAGAACACAGGGAGCCAAGCCACGGGCAGCCAGAGGCCAGAGGCCCUGCCCCACCUGCAGGCCCCCGGCAGGUGCUGCUCUGGGAACAGAAGCACCUGCCUGGACCCCCACCCCUGGGAGGCACAGGGGACUGUGUGCUGCUUCCUCGGGCCCAGGGCGGGCACCGGCCAUUGUCCAGAGCUCAGUCCUCUCCAGCGGCGCCUGCCUCGCUGCCAACCCCGGAGCCCGCCAGCCAGGCCCGCCUGCUGUCUAGCUCAGAGCUCCCUGCCCGGACCCUGCCCUUCACCACAGGGCUGGUCUACGACUCCGUGAUGCUGAAGCACCAGUGUCCCUGUGGGGACAGCAGCCGGCACCCCGAGCACGCCGGCCGCAUCCAGAGCAUCUGGUCCCGGCUGCAGGAGCGAGGGCUGCGGAGCCGGUGUGAGUGUCUGAGGGGCCGCAAGGCCUCCCUGGAGGAGCUGCAGUCGGUGCACUCGGAGCGGCACGUACUGCUCUACGGCACCAACCCGCUGAGCCGUCUGAAGCUGGACAAUGGGAAGCUGGCAGAGCUCCUGGAGCAGCGCAUGUUCGUGAUGCUACCAUGCGGCGGGGUCGGGGUGGACACUGACACCAUCUGGAACGAGCUGCACUCCUCUAAUGCGGCUCGUUGGGCCGCGGGCAGCGUCACUGACUUGGCCUUCAAGGUGGCUUCCCGGGAGCUGAAGAAUGGCUUUGCUGUGGUGCGGCCCCCAGGACACCAUGCGGACCACUCCACGGCCAUGGGCUUCUGCUUCUUCAAUUCCGUGGCCAUCGCGUGCCGGCAGCUGCAGCAGCAGGGCAAGGCGAGCAAGGUCCUCAUCGUGGACUGGGACGUGCACCACGGCAAUGGCACCCAGCAGACCUUCUACCAGGAUCCCAGCGUGCUGUACAUCUCUCUGCACCGCCACGACGGCGGCAACUUCUUCCCAGGCAGCGGGGCCGUGGACGAGGUGGGCGCUGGCAGCGGAGAGGGCUUCAACGUGAACGUGGCCUGGGCUGGAGGCCUGGACCCCCCUAUGGGGGACCCCGAGUACCUGGCUGCCUUCAGGACGGUCGUGAUGCCCGUCGCCCGGGAGUUCUCUCCAGACCUGGUCCUGGUGUCGGCAGGGUUCGAUGCGGCUGAGGGCCACCCUGCCCCCCUGGGUGGCUACCGAGUCUCUGCCAAAUGUUUCGGGUGCAUGACGCAGCAGCUGAUGAGCCUGGCAGGAGGCGCCGUGGUGCUGGCCCUGGAGGGCGGCCAUGACCUCACGGCCAUCUGUGACGCCUCAGAGGCCUGCGUGGCUGCCCUGCUGGGCAACAAGGUGGACCCGCUUGCAGAAGAGGGCUGGACGCAGAAGCCCAACCUCAACGCCAUUCGCUCCCUGGAGGCUGUGAUCCGCGUGCACAGCAAGUACUGGGGCUGCAUGCAGCGCCUGGCCGCCUGCCCUGGCGCCUGGGUGCCCAGGGGCCCGGGGACCGACGCAGAAGUGGAGGCUGUGACCGCACUGGCAUCCCUCUCUGUGGGCAUCCUGGCUGAAGAAAGCCUCGCCUCCCCCACCCUGCCACAGGCCUACAGAGCAGCUGACGGAAGAGGAAGAACCCAUGAACCUCUGAGGCGCCAACGGCUCUGCUGCCUACCCUGCCCUGCCCCUGGGACCUGGACCUCUCCCAGCCUCUGCUCCCAGGUCCCUGGAGGGCCUGGGCCAGGAGGGGGCAGAGCAGACCCCAGCACGCCUCAGGACGGAACGGAGGACGGGCUGGGGCCCACCCAUAACCACUGUUCUCACCCUGCAGGCCCCAGACUGCACACAGCCCCACGCCCCACGCACAAAUGUGAACUUGGCCUCGGCCGGGAGCCCCUGUAGGCUCUGUAGCCUGGGGGCCCCGUCCCUGGGGGAGAGCCCUCCCAUCUCCGCACCGUGGAGCCCACGGGUGCCCUGGGAGCUUUGCUUCCUGACCCAAUGGUGCCAAACCUUCAUCUCCCACAGGAGCACAGCGCAGCCCAGGGACCCUGUGAUCUGGGGCCUCCCCUGCCAGCUGCCACUCCUGCCCCACUGGGCUGGCUCGGCUGAGGGCGAGGGGGCCUCCCUGCCAUCUUCAAGGCUUUCGGGGUCUAGGCUUGGGUCCAGGAAGGAAGGAGUGUGAGUGUGAGAAUGUGUCUGAGUGUGUGUGUGUGUGCGCGCAUGUGUGCACAGGCACCGAGCGUAAGACAGUGAGUCUGUGUGUGGUGUCUCCCCCACUAUACCCUGUGCAUGUUUUUGUAAAAAAAAAAAAAAAAGGAAAAAUGGAAAAAAAAAAAUCUGAACAAUAAAUGUUUUAUUUGCUUUAAAAA